CUUGAACAAGACACGCUUUGUCCAUGAAGCUAUUUGCUUACCAAAACCGUCGGUCAGAUUUAUCAGUGCCCGAUGACGUCAGCCAAAAUCGAGCCUCCAAGCAAAACCUGCUCUUUUUACUCGUUCAUAAAUCAUACCUUCAGUUCAAGACUUUUUCUUUUUCUGUUUCCUUCAAAGAAUUAUAUUCUUUUGAUUUCCGUUACAAGUGGUAUAAUAUAUCUCGACUCUCUUCAUUUCUAAUUCAAAUUGUGCUGAUUUUCUCCUUUUUUCUCUUUGAAUCAGAGCUUCCAUCUUUUUUUGCUUUCCAGCUCAAGUUGAGCCCUUUUCGUUUUAUUGGGAUCUUGUGUUUUUAGCACUUUUUCUUCUUUUUUCUGUCAUUUGGGGUCAAGGUUUUUUAUCAGGGUUUUUGGGUUCGUAAUUUUUGGGUGAAGGAAAAAAAAAAAACAUUUUGUUUGCAAUUUUAAUUGGCAUGUAUGAUCAAGAAUCGUAUGUGAUGAUCUGUUUGUGUUUUCAAAUGCGUUUUGUGUUUCUUACUCGAUUCUAAUUUAGUUGGUUGCUAUUAUUUUUUUUAUAUGUUCUUUAGUAGUUUGCUGAGGAGAUUAAGCUGAACUUGGAGAUUAGUAUGAGUGAUGUCUAUGGGAAUAAUGCUAGUGCAAGCUCGAGCUCGAGCUUGAAUAGCAGCUUACACGAUACCGAUGAUGAUCAUACGAUUGCUGCAAUGUUAGCCGAGGAUGAGAGGUUGAGAGAUGGUGGCAGGCUUGGGAAGAGGCUUUCUCAUUUGGACUCGAUCCCGCACACUCCUCGGGUUAUUGGGAGCAUACCAGAUGCAAAUGACGCGACCUUAGACCAUGAGAGGCUAGCUCAGAGGCUGGCCACAUAUGGCUUGGCUGAAAUGCAAAUUGAGGGAGAUGGUAACUGUCAGCUAUCUAUAAUCGGUUGCAACUUCUUACAGUUUCGAGCCCUUUCAGACCAGUUAUUUCAGAAGCAAGAUUACCACAAAUAUGUUAGAAAAGAGGUCAUCAAACAGUUUGAAGCAAAAAUCUGCUUGGUCACAUCUUUUCGCGAUACGUGCUACAUUGAAAUCCUUCCGAAAGACAUAACUCCUGUCAGAGAGUUGUGGCUGAGCUUUUGGAGUGAAGUUCACUAUAAUUCCCUGUAUCAAGCUGGAGAGGUUCCUGUAAGAACACAUAGGAAGAAGCAUUGGCUUUUCUGA